CAAGGAAAAAAACGUGGUGGCUGUCCUGUGACGUCAGUGAAGUCACCGCCCACGUAUGCCAAUGCGGGCAUCAUGGCGGCGUUAGGUGUCAUUGUGGACAGGUUGGUCUCUGUUUGGGUGAAGCCGAAGGUCCGCCGCAGCGUCCCCUGGUUGUUUUUACUCAUCUCAAUCGUGGGCUCAGUCCUGAAAGACCUGGAGCUUGUUCCUCAGACGUAUUUCAGCAGCAGCAAAAACAUUUUUAAUGUGUAUUUUGUCAAAAUCUCCUGGGGCUGGACGCUGCUGCUCCUGACCCCCUUCCUCCUCCUCUCCAACGCCUCCGUCAGCAGAAGCGUUUCCAUCCUGGGCAGGCGGCUGCUCUCCCUGGCGGUGGCGACGGCUGUGUGGUAUGUCUGCACCGAGUCUUUCUUCUACAUCGAGGACGCGACUGGCUCGUGUUUUGAAAGCGGCGCCUCCAGCCUUUUGAAGAAGAGCUUCACGUCCAAGGCCAGCUGCAGGCGGGCGGGCUUCCACUGGCACGGGUACGACAUUUCAGGACACUCUUUUAUCCUGGCCUACUCCACGCUCCUCAUCAUGGAGGAGACGGCUCCCAUGGCCCUGGUGAGGACAGCUCGUCUGUCUGCACUCCCCGGGACGGUCCUGGCUCUGCUGUAUGUGGCCUUGAACCUGAUCGUGGUCAUGUGGGUGUGGAUGUUUGCUUGCACCUCUGUUUACUUCCAUGACACCUCACACAAGUUGCUAGGGACCAUAUGCGGGCUGCUGGGGUGGUUUCUGACUUACCGGGUUUGGUAUUUGACGCCGUGCUCGCCCGGUCUGCCCCCCCAGCUCCAGUCAAAGGAACGGAAACCACACCCCUGAGGCCAAAUCCACACUAACCUCCACGGACAGCUGCUAACCUCACAGUCCAAACAACAACACUAACCACGGCACAUCGGGGUCCAGCGCCUGCCGGGAUGCUAGAAGCUAUUUCAGGUUUACCUCUCCUGUUUGUUCCUGAGGGACAGGCAGCUGUCCUCCCAGAACGACUUCCUGUAAUAAAAGCCAGACCCCCCCACAGUCUGAAGGCGCACCGCCAAGACGAAUCUGUUGGAAAGUUCGGUCCGUUCUAAAGCAGCUGAUGGGGGCGGGGCCUGAUUGGACUGAAGAGUUUCCUGAUAGUUUCCAAAAAUUAGAUGAGUUUUUGUUUUAAAUGAUGGAACCGUGUUGUGAUUAAUAGAACACGCAAGUCACAGUUUAGCCCUUCAUGACACUGAUACUCAGUUCUAUUAAGCUUACAGCAUUAAAACAGCCGUUUAACUUGAAUUAGUAGCUUUCCUCUUGGCCUUAUUUGUCACAUUCUUGCUACUUUUACUACCUUUGUCCAUAUCUGCUUAUUUAUUUACAGAAACAUUACCAGAAGUGUUUGUGGAUUCAAAACAAAACCUGUUGAAAAAAAGAAAAA